AAAUUCAAAACAAGCCUUGUGUAGAUUAUGGAAUCUUAAUAAGAGGAAGUUUAAUAAUGUAUUUGAAGCAUAACAAAACCACGGGUCCUCUAGUGCUCAUACUGCUGGUUGUCUUCUUUGUUAUGGAAUCCAAUGAAGAGAGUGCCAAUGUUGGAGUUGUUAUCAGGCUCACACAGAACGGCCUUACGUACGCCAUGAAUACAAUUUUGGAAUCUAUUAAGAAAGUGAAGCUUUCAACAUUCAGCAUACCUACAGCAAACGUGACGACAAGCCAUGUCAAUUAUUCGAUUCAAAACUUAACGUAUACAGAUUAUGCGAAUUUGAACGCAUCUAUUCUCAUUAAUAAAACAACUGGAUUGAGUGUAACUAUCGAUACUCUUUCGGUAAAUGCAAGUGGAAAAGUGGAGUGUCGAGAUAAAGACGAAAGAAAAGUUCAGCAUUGUGGGAUAGAAAUAACGAUUACUGGAUCGGGACAUUUCCUACUGAAUAUAGACAACAAAGACAUGAGAGCAGAUAGGUUCUGUAGUAAUAACCUAAGAACUUAA